CGCUAAUGUUGUUCACAACACACAUGUGCCAGCCUUUUCAAGGUUCAUUGAAAAAAGAAAGAGAAAGUAAAACUCCACCGGAAGCUCAACAAACACCUUUAUCGUCGUCUGCUCUCUAUUGUAGAGUGAUCUUCUUGUUUUACUGCAACAGAAAAAAACGGUGAAUAUAGUCCUAUAAGUCUAUUAGGCUACUGCAUAAAAGGUAACAGGUAACUCGCAGAAAGUUCACUUUAGGUGAGCAUCAUUUGACGCAAAGCAAUGUCCCGUGGUUCGAAUGCUGGAUUUGACCGACACAUUACGAUUUUUUCUCCUGAGGGCCGCCUCUAUCAAGUCGGUGAGAUAUUUUGCUUCAUUCCUCCAGUUUUGUUUCAUGCAGGGGAUGAACUUGGCUAGUAUAGCCUCUGUAUAGGUAUCGUUCUAUAUCAUCUAAAAUGUAAGAUAUUCGCGCUGUGAAUGUGUUGCGCUGUAUCUGUAUCUGAUGAUGAGCAUCCCCAUAGGCCAAAAGUGUAGUAUAUUGUGAUUAUAAACAUAUUGUGAUUAUAAACAUAUAAACAUAGUGUGAUUGUGUAUUUCACAUAUAAUAUUUGGGGGAAAAACAAAUGUUUUAAAUGUGCUUUACUUGUCUGUGGUAUAAUAUGUCCGUCAAUAAAGCAAUCUACCAAUGUUUGAGACUUUCCCAAGAACACCUUUAGACCUACAUUAUUCCAAGCCGCCGGUGUACCCCAUGCAGCUUUUAAAAGUUAGCCUAUAUUUAAGAAUUAUAAUCUCAUGUUCUUAUGUGUUGUGCCUCAGAGUAUGCCUUCAAAGCCAUCGCGCAGGGUGGGUUGACAUCACUGGGCGUGCGGGGGACAGACUGUGCUGUGGUGGUCACACAGAAGAAAGUGCCGGUAAGAUAUUCAGCUUUGGACCAUAGCUACAUCUCCAUGUACCUGGAGCUUUUUUCUUAGUUGUUUGACUUCAUCCAAAUUAGAAAAAUAAUGUUGAUAUCUGGCUUUAGAGAAAGAGUCAGUCAUGAACAGUGAAGCAUGACAGAGUGGUGUCUCGAGCAUUUCUGCUGACAGGGCACACGCCACCAAUUUGUUAAAGCUUGUCCAAGGAAAGUUGAUAUUGUGGAAUCAACACAAUAUUCCUAACAACAAUGAGGUAUCAUCUACUAUAUGUAUGUAUAUAUGUGACCCUGUCAUUAUAACACAGGACAAGCUGCUGGAUUCUGCCACUCUGACCAACAUGUACCCACUUACCCCACGCAUUGGAUGUGUGAUGACAGGACACAAUGGUGUGUAUAAUGGCACAGACGACAUCUCACAUCACACACACACACACACACACACACACACACAUCCUUUUACUCUCUCUUCCUCUCCCCCUCAGCGGACAGUCGGUCCCAGGUCCACAGGGCACGAGUGGAGGCUGCCGAAUGGAAGUACAAGUUUGGAUAUGACAUCACAGCAGACAUGUUGUGUCGGAGAAUGGCGGACAUCUCCCAGGUCUACACACAGAACGCUGAGAUGAGACCUCUGGGAUGCUGUGAGUGGUGUAGCCCUGUCCUGCUGUCACCCUGUCUCUCGUUCCUCUUACUCUCCAUUGAUUCACUACACCAUCAUUCCAAAUGGUAGCACAUAGAGUGAGUCUUUCCACUUUGUCCUAUUAAGGCACACUAGCUGAUGGCGAAUGAUGAUGUAGUAUUUACAGCCACAUCCAUAUAUGAUUUGGUUUUACCUUACAACAGAAAUUGAUGUCAAAUUGAUACAUUUAUACAUAAAAAUAUAUAUAAUUCUACAGUGUUCAGCAGUUAUCAAACUAUAUACAUUAACUAGGCACUACAUAAUUUUGGUUCAGUAGUUAUCCGUUUUGAGCAGUUUUAUUCAGUAAUAGUUAAUUGUAUUGUUAACAAAUGUCAAGAAAAUCAUAUCAAAAGUAAAGUGAAUAUUGCAUUUUGAAACGUAGAUACUUAUACUGAGCAAAAAUAUAAAUGCAACAUAUAACAAUUUCUAAGAUUUUACUGAGUUACAGUUCAUAUAAGGAAAUCAGUCAAUUGAAAUAAAUUCAUUAGGCCCUAAUCUAUGGAUUUCACAUGACUGGGAAUACAGAUAUGCAUCUAUUGGUCACAGAUAUCUUAAAAAUAAAGAUAUGGGUGUGGAUCAGAAAACCUGUCAGUAUCUGGUGUGACCACCAUUUGCCUCAUGCAACGCAACACAUCUCCUUCGCAUAGAGUUGAUGAGGCUGUUGAUUGUGGCCUGUGGAAUGUUGUCCCACUCCUCUUCAAUGGCUGUGCGAAGUUGCUGGAUAUUGGCGGGAACUGGAACACGCUGUCGUACAUGUUGAUCCAAAGCAUCCCAAACUUGCUCAAUGGGUGACAUGUCUGGUGAGUAUGCAGGCCAUGGAAGAACUGGGACAUUUUCAGCUUCCAGGAAUUGUGUACAGAUCCUUGCAACAUGGGGCCGUGCAUUAUCAUGCUGAAACAUGAGGUGAUGGCGGCGGAUAAAUUGCACGACAAUGGGCCUCAGGAUCUCGUCACAGUAUCUCUGUGCAUUUAAAUUGCCAUCGAUAAAAUGCAAUUGUGUUUGUUGUCUGUAGCUUAUGCCUGCGCAUAACAUAACCCCACUGGCACUCUGUUCAAAACAUUGACAUCAGCAAACCACUCGCCCACACAACGCCAUACACGUGGUCUGCAGUUGUGAGGCCAAUUGGACGUACUGUCAAGUUCCCUAAAACAACGUUGGAGGCAGCUUAUGGCAGACAAAUUAACAUAAAAUUAUCUGGCAACAGCUCUGGUUGACAUUCCUGCAGUCAGCAUGUCAAUUGCACGCUCCCUCAAAACUUGAGACAUUUGUGGCAUCGUGUUGUGUGACAAAACGGCACAUUUCAGUGGCCUUUUAUUGUCCCCAGUACAACGUGCACCUAUUUAAUGAUCAUGCUGUUUAAUCAGCUUCUUGAUAUGCCACACCUGUCAGGUGGAUGGAUUAUCUUGGCAAAGGAGAAAUGCUCACUAACAGGAAUGUAAACAAAUUUGUGCACAACAUUUGAGAGAAAUAAGCUUUAUGUGCAUAUGGAACAUUUCUGGGAUCUUUUAUUUUAGGUCAUGAAACAUGGGACCAACACAUUACAUGUUACGUUUAUAUUUUUGUUCAGUAGAUCAAAUAUGUAUCCAAAUUGAAAGAGUGAUUUGGUGCCGUGAACAAAAUACUAUGAAUUUGUUUGCUGCACUCAGUCAACUGAAAAUGUGCUUAGAGGUUUGAAACAUGAGCCAUUUUGAUGAUCUGUUUAGAUUUUUGUGCUUAGAGUUGUGAAAAUGGAGUUGUGAAAAUGGAGUUGUGAAAGUGGAGUUGUGAAAAUGGCACCAAAGUGAUUGAAAAAACAGCAAGUGCAGUAGGUGAGUCCUAACUCCCACACAGAGGACUCAGACCCAUAACCUUCUCCUCCCCAUGUCUCCAGGUAUGAUCUUGGUGGCCAUGGACCCCCAGCUGGGUCCCAUGCUGUUUAAGUGUGACCCGGCAGGCUACUUCUGUGGCUUCAGGGCCACCAGCGUGGGGGCCAAGCAGACAGAGGCUAACAGCUACCUGGAGAAGAAACUGAAGAAGAGGCCGGAGCUGUCAUAUGAGAUGACUGUGGAGGUAGGGGGAUGGAUACACCUGGAUACUCAUGGAAACAUCUGCCGAAAAGUGAAAGUCUGUACAGUAUUCAGUCUCUCUCUCUCGCUCUCUCUCUCUCUCUGUUUCUUUCCCUCUCUCCUCCAAUAGUUGGCCAUCUCCUGUCUCUCUUCUAUUCUGUCCAUGGACUUCAAGCCCAGUGAAAUUGAAGUGGGUGUGGUCACUAAGGAAAGCCCCAAGUUCAGGUACUAUACUAUCACAGUAACUGCAUUUCAUCAUCACUGUGUUUUUCUAUUUGCUCAUAUGGUAAUGAUCAAGGAUUUAGACAAGGGAACAACAGCCAAAUGAUCAAUAGUCAAUUCAUUUUUCCUUCUCUCUUUCUCUCUCCCCAACCCUGUUUCUAACAUCCACUCUCAUCUUCUCUUCUUCACCCUCACAGGACACUCUCUGAGACAGAGAUCGACACCCACCUGGUUGCCAUUGCUGAGCGGGAAUAGAGGUGCAGCCAUCCACAUACAGUACGUCAGGCAUCAGGCUGACUAACGAACAGACUAACCUAGUCGUUCAGUAAUAGGACAUCAAUACUACUGCAGUAGAUCUGCUUCAGACUGCUGUUGCAGAAGGGCCCAUCUUAUACAAUACUAGGAUAUUUUUCUACUUUCCAACUAUUUACAUCUGCACAGGUUGAUUUUCACCUUCAGUCUGCAUAUUAAAGUUUCUUGGACAUACAGCCAGGCUGUAACUAGAAUUCCCGUGUUGUUGGAUUGGUUUGAUCGUGUGGAUCGUUUCAUAUUUAUUGUCUGUAUCUCAUUGAUCCCCAUUGUUUAUGACCACCAAAUGGGUUUUAGCUGCCUGUGUCCAGAGCGUUACUCAUGUCAUCUAUCACCUGCAACAGAAACACUGUGUAACAGAAUAAAACACAUCAAGUAAAACAAAAGAAC